AUGCCGAAGCAAAGGAGGAGGCCAAGUAAGGCUCCUCCGGUUUCUAAGAAAUUUCUCCGUGUUCUCACCAACUCCUCUGCCGAGAGGGAUGACUCCUCUUCUGUUUCCGUUUUCGUCGGAGGCUCCUCCGAUGGUAACUCGACCUCUGCUGGAACCAAUUCCACAACUGUUAGUCUCUCUUCGCUUCCCGGCGUCGCUAGUAAACCAGAUCUGCUGAACUCCUCUACUUCAGGAGUAGGACCGAAGUCAGAUCUACCUUUUUCUCAGGUCGAUCUUCCGCAAGGAAUACUCGCGCCUGUAUUUCCUCUCGUCGCCGCUGAAGAAAUUUCACCUGGCACAAAAUCUCAAUCAGAACAAGUUGCCAUUACGACAACUUCAGACUGUAUUGCUUCUCCUUCAGUGGGUGUAACUCAGCCGGUAAGGAAGUGGUCAAGCUUGGUUCAAGACUCUGCCCAGCUUCAGGAAUUGGGAUCUCCAACUCAACACAUUUCUGGAGCCCCCUUUGUUCUAAUCCCUGAUGAGAACAUAGCGGCAGCUAAGCAAGAGUUUAAAGAUUUCAUUUUUGCUCGCUUUCACGGAGAUUCUCCUGAAAUGGGAAGAAUAAUUGGAGUGAUAAAUGCAAUUUGGACUCGCUCAGGACCUAGAAUCUUCGUUCAUCGUGUUGGCCAGACCUCAUAUCUGCUUCGGGUGACUAACCCGAAAACAAGAGAUAUUCUCCUUAGCCGGCUAGUAUGGAACAUUGCAGGUUUUCCUAUGUUUGUUUCUCAAUGGACACAAGAUCUUGAUCCAGAACAACCACCGAUAACCUCAGCUAUAGUUCCCGUUGAGCUUCGUAAUGUUCCAUACCUCCUUUUCAAUAAAGAAAGUCUCAGCAGGAUUUCUACAGCAGUGGGUAAGCAUGUAUCCCUAGCCCCUGAAACAGAAAGAAAGGAGAACUUUGAAGUGGCAAAAGUUCUCGUUCGAGUAGAUCUCACAAGAAAGCUUCCUUGGACCGUGAUCUCUGGGUUCUCAAGCGGUAAAGAAGUAGAAAUCGCUGUCUCAUAUCCCUGGUUGCCGAUGAAAUGUGAAGCUUGUGGAAAAUUUGGUCAUGAAAAGAUGUCAUGUCGUCCCUUAGCAAGUGGUAGGAAAUUGUUGAAGUCUCCAGGUCCGCCAGAGCGUAUAAGACGGCUCUCAAGGCCAGGGAGAGCUAAGGAGAUGAUACACAAACCACAAUCUCGAGAGGCAACUAAAAACCCCGGUGGUGAGGGGUCUCCCUCUCAGAGCAUUGAUGAGAUUACUCAGGACAAGAGGGAUGUGGCCAGAUCAACGGAGGCUCAAUUCAAUGGACAGGCUCGAGUGGUUCCGAAUGGAGGUACAGAGCCAGAAGGUCGUGUCGCUGGAGCAGUUCCCGUUGGAUGUUUAAAGAAGAAUGCUUUGCUUACUAGUGAGAAAGGAAUUACCUCGUGUGCUGGGUCAAAUGGUGGUGGCACUACGGAAAAUAAAGAUGCAGAGGCAACUACAUCUCUCCUGAAGGAUGGAGAUUGUACCGCUGUAGAGCAAGAACCCCCUUUCUUCUUGGUGCCUCACCGGAAGAGUGGCCUUCAUUCAAAUCCGUGGGCGGUUGUUGGAGACUUCAACCAAAUCUUGCGGGUUGCUCAUCACUCAAAUGACCUAGCUCUGAAUAUUGACGUUUCUGGUAUCAACGAUUUCAGUCUUACUCUUCAAGACGCAGAACUUUUUGAAGCUCAAUCAAAGGGUCUCCCCUUCUCAUGGUGGAACAACCAAGAUGAGAACCCUAUCGCCAAGAAGAUCGACCACGCGCUCAUAAAUCAGGCGUGGUCCUCUUGUUUUCCGGAUGCAUAUGCAGAGUUCUUGGCGCCUCAGCAGUCAGACCAUGCAUCAUGCUUGUUCAGGGUCCCAUCAGCUUAA